AUGCAUGUUCUUGACUCACAGUUCCGAAAUGCAUCAACCAAGAGAAUGGAAAUGGUGGUGAUGAAGUGCAAGAUGUGGUGUCUAGAUUUGGAGCACAACGAAGUGGCCCAGGUGUAUGCAUCGCAAAUCAAAGAUCGAGUUGUUCGAUUUGGCAUGGAACAUCCUGGAUCCCAGGUAUCCUUCCAGUCUUACUUCGACUUUGUGGGACAUCAUCAGCUGCUGAACCCAUUCAUUUCCAAAGACAAGCAGAGCAUCUUGUUGAUGUGGACUUGGUCGAUUCCAGUAGAGCUGAAGCAAAAGGCUGAAGACUUCGUCGUCGACUUGCGUGAAUUUAUCUUUUCCAUUGAUGAGUUUGCUGGAGAAGGUGCAAUGGAAGUGAAGCUCACAGGAAACAUCAUUCUGGAUCAUGAGAUGAAGGUCUCAAUCUUCGACUUCACCGUGCAUGAAGUGAAAACCGUCUGGCUUCCGAUUCUCAUUUUGGGAUAUGUACUGAGGAGCCCAAGGUUACUGCUAUUGGCUUUGACUCCGAUGUUGUUCGAAAUUUUGGUGGGAUUUGGCUUUCUAUAUUUUGUUUCCUUGACCGGCUUAAACAUUAGCUACUACGCGCUCAUGAUCAUGUUGAUGCUGAUCAUGGCCCUAUCCUGGGACUAUGCCCUUUUUAUGCUUACUCGCUACAAAGCAGAGCGCGAAGCUGGGGCAACAGUCGAGCAAGCGAUCGUUGAAAUGGUGGCCAAAAGCGGUAGCAUUGUUGUCGUCUCAGGCGUUGUGCUCUCUAUCUGCUGGUCUGUGAUGCUUGGCCUCCCAGACAUGUUCAAGACCUUUGGGAUAGCAGCAGCCUCUGCCAUCAUGGUUUGCGUUUUCGCUCAGCUGACGUUUGUGGCGCCGGUGUUGGCGAUCUUCCCAUGGCUGGGGCCGGAGGCUGGGGAUCCCAUGGAGGUAGAGCCGCUGAGCCCCACAGGGGAGGCAAUGAGGAAAGUGGAGCAGUUCCGACACGGGAUUUACUAUCAGAUUGGGAACAUCUUGACGGCGUUUCCUUUCAAUGCCAUUGCCUUCAGCACCAUCUAUUUGCUCAUGUUGCCAUUGACUGCAAGAUUCCUGCAAAACUUUGAUGUGGCAAACUUUCAGUUUACGGAAAUGGGGCACAGCUUCGAGAUGACAAUGCCGCGAGGAUCCAGAGCCUUCAAUACCUCUCUGGAAAUCGUUCAGGACUUUGACUUUGACUUGACCCUUAUGCCUGUUCUAAUUUUUGCAACCAACGCGGUGGAUGACUACUCCCAGAGUGCGGGUACAGUUUCUGCGCCGCUGGUGAAUGAAAAUUUGUUUCGAUUGAACUGCGAGAUGAUUCGCGGGCUGAUUUUCGAGACGGAGGGAAGUCCCUACGAACUUGGAGCCAAGAGUUUCCAGUCACCUAGUGUGCCAAUUGACAAGAGCUACAUUCAUUCCGAGUUAGCCUUUGCCAAAAAAGUUUUUAAAGAAGUGUUCGGACAGCUGGUUUGCCCGAGUUUGCAAGAGAUGAACUUGAUUCGCAAGAGCUUCUUUGCCCGGAAUGUUUUCUUGACCCAGACUUCUGAGCAUUUGGAUCUCAUGUGGCAGGAGAUGGUCCGCAAGAACGCCAUGCUGACCGUGGUGAAUCCUGCCAUCGACCCCUUGGGACCGCAGGCCUUUGAGUUGGAAAAGCGGAUCCAGGAUGUGCUGCGGGAGAUGGAAAGCCGUGGCCAGACCACCAUCCCUCGCUUGAGGUACCUUACUUUCUCCCCAGCAACGGUAGUCACAGAUCUUAUCUCUGUGACUUCUUCAGCUUUACCUACAUGUUUUCUGAUUUGUGUUUUAAUUUGUUUUUCUUUGAUCGCUUUAUGGUUCAAUGCCAUGCUCGUUCCCUUCAAGCUCUUUAUCACAGUGGUCGUUCCGGUGACAUGGACUUACGGAGCUGCCUUCUAUGUCUAUGAGGAUGGCGCCCUAAGCUGGUUAGGAAUUCCAGGCCUUUCGCCUACAAAGAGCGAUGGCUUGGAUUGGACGGUUCCUGUCUUCAGUUUGACGUUUUUGAUUGGUCUGGCGCUGGACUAUGACUUCUUUCUGUUUGAGCGAGUCUUCGAGUUCAGACUGGAGGGCUUUGGAGACCGAGAAGCAAUACAGUUGGGUCUUUCUGCAACGGGUGGCACCAUCUCUGCAGCUGGACUUAUCCUUGGCCUCACCUUCUUGGCCUUGGUGCUGACCUCUGAGCUCCCCAUGAUGAAUCAGCAGGGCUUCGUCUUCGUCUUUAGCAUCAUAGUGGACACCUUUUUGGUGCGUACCUUGGUGGUGCCUGCAAUGCUCUCGAUGUCCCCAUGGCUGAACUAUUGGCCAAGGGAAAUGCCAGAGCCGCUGUAUGAGUGGUUAGAGGAGGAAACCGGUUUGCGGUCAAAGUUGCGCUUGUCCAGCCGCCGGAUGCGGAGAGUGGUCGAAGAACGUGCGGAAGACGAGCGGAAGGCGCUCCGCUUGGUGGAGGCAGCUGUGUCAACUCCAAGUGAGCGUGAGGCCAGCCGAACUUGGAGCAGCAGAAGGGAGGGAGCGGAUUUGCCGCCACUACGUCGUGGUCAACGGCCAAAACCCGCUCUCGAACCUUUACAGGAUAGGUUCGCUCGUCUUGUACAGGACCUGGGACCUCCUACUGGCAGUGCACCCUCGAGGCCGCACCUAGACCACAAGGAGCCUGGGCAUCGACAUGGCUUGGCUCCAACACCACCGCGUGAGCCACGAUCCGCCAAAAUUCGAGAUCCACCGCCACCUCAUGCAGAGGAAAGGCCUCCAUUGCCGCGGAAAGUCAAAGGUAUGCCAAGACCGCCACCGUCCCAGCGUGAAGCCGAAUUCUUCCGCCCUGGUAGCAACGGUGUGCGGUCCUCUCGCUCCCUACCUGUGAGUCGUUCAAGGAGUAGGUCCUUGCGAAGACCUUUGUCAGUGCCACAUCGGGUCGUCUCAACAAGAGGAGAACCACGACCAAGUAGCCUUCGUCGUCACCACGACGCCAACGAGCUGGGAAGAAGCGAUCGCAAUGACCGCGGAGACCGCACCGACCGGCGCCGUGAAGAGCCGGGCGACCGCCACGACGGCCGCGAUGGCCGUGACGGCCGUGACGGCUACGUGGAGCGCAGCCGUCGGUAUGCCAACGACCGCAUGGAUCGCGUUGACCUUGACCGAUUUUCCCCAACGGAGCGGGUGGAACGUGUGGAGCGGCUGGAGCGCUUGGAGCGCAGCGAGCGCGGUGAGCGUUAUGAGAACAGCCGAGUCAAGGAGGGGAGCUUCGUGGAGCGUAGCCGUCAACGGACCUACGACGAGAGGUAUAACGAACGCGGCUUUGCUGAACACAGCCGACUUGAACGCAGUGCCAAUGAGCGCGGCGAGCGCAGCGAGCGUGGCGAGCGCAGCGAGCGCAGCGAGCGCAGUGAGAAAUGGCCCAACACCGGGGGUGAGAUGAAGGUCCUACUCCCCAACGCGCUGGCUGAAGAUCUUGAUCGCGGCGGUGUGCUGACUGAGAUUGCCAGCCAGACCAAGGCCACGGUGGAUCUCCACGAUGCAGUGGGCGGGCUGCACCAAAUUUGCGAAGGACAUCGUCUCUUGACUCUUCGCGGGCAAAAAGGCAGUGAACUGCAAGCGGCCAUUCAGGCCUUGCUCGCCAAGGCCGAGACAAUGAACCGACGGGGUUCAGGCUCUGAUGUUCAACUGAAGGUUCUGCUCCCAAGGUUCCUGGCCUCAGUUGUCAUCGGCAAGCGUGGCUCCAACGUCAAGGAACUACAGAGGGAAACUGGCACCCGAGUUCAGGUGGAGGGUGGUGCGAUGGGGCAAGAUCGUGUGACGACGGUAAGUGGAUCGUCCACCUGCAUUUGCAAUGCGCUGGGGAGGAUUCAUCGCUUCGGCACCGAGGAGGAAGAAGACGCUGAUGUGCCAGAAACAGAUGUCAGAGACCAAGAGAACGGGAGGCCUCCGCGGACGCCCCGCUCGCGGACGCCACCCCCGCCGCCUUGGGAGCUGAAGGAGCACCCAGAGGCAGCAGGUGAGUACUACUACUUGAACACAGAAACCGGUGAAACCACUUGGGACAGGCCUGAUGAGCGAGCUCAGGAUUCAAAGCCACUACGGCCGCCGCGGCCGCCUCCACCCUGGAUUCUUCAAGAACACCCCGAAGUGGGCACCUCAGCUAAGCGAACUCGUCAGAACUCGUGGGAACUCGGUGGAAGCUGUGAAUCCAUGAGACGCUGUGUUGGUUUCGUUUGGAUCGUAUAUUGCAGCGCACCACAAUGCUUCGUUUGGAAGCCUUUGACGCUGCAGAAUUCGAAAUGCUCUGACGAAGUCAGGCACUUCAUGGCUGUUGGCUCUAUACCACCUCCUUGGGCCGAGGUGGCUCUGUCGAUUUAUGAGCUCCAUGGAACUUCUGCCCUGAACCUACUCACACGAGCUGCCGACAUGGGAGGUGCGUAUCAUGUCGGCGUUGAGGUCUAUUUUCUGGAAUGGUCAUUUGGCUGGUGUGAAGAGGGCAGUGGAGUUUACAUGGUUUUUCCCGGGCAGAGCACUUUAGGCACAUUUCGCGAACGCGUUCCAUUGGGCCGUACUCCGCUCACGCCCCAGGAGGUCUUCAGGAUUCUUGACAUGAUGAGGCAAGAAUUGCCGGGAUCCAAAUACGACUUGUUGCGUUGUAACUGUGCUCACUUUAGCGUCUCCUUCGUGAAGAGGUUGCGCGUGAGUGAGGCGCCAGCCUGGGUGAAUUCGCUGGCGAAUGUGGGAGAACAUUUGGUAGCGCAACUGGGCAUGGCAGGUGCCCAAGCCGCUGCAAAUGCCGCCACUCCAGCAGAGAGGGACCGAGUCGCUCCUAGCUAUGUGCGGUUUGGUGACGAGGAGGAGCUGGAGGACAUGGCAACAGAUGGCGACGAGUUGGCUCUCAGGGAAUUGGCAUGGCGCAAUGCCCAGACCUACACCCUGGAGAAAGCAGCUGAAGCUGAACGAGAUGCCCGUUGCCUCGACUUGGCUAUGGAGCUCAAAUGGAACUCUGCUGAUCAAGACAUGGGAACCAAGAUCUUGACAGUGCUGGAUGACUUGAGGCUUUGGCAAGCGCUGGCGGAGGCACGUGUUGUGAUAUGUUGUGAUUGGUUUCAGAACUUGCGGCUGCAGGCUUGUGCAGCUGGAUUUGGCUUGCCAUACCCCCAUACUCAGAACCGGCGCGAGGCAGGAUGGUCCUUGCUUAGCGAAGAAGAAUCUGAGGAAGAGAUGGAGGACGAUGGCACAUGUGGGAACCUUGAAGUCCACAAGCUCCUCCGGGGUUCCAGCAAUCGGCUGCUGAUGCUGCGGCUCCGCCUGCGGGGUCGAGCCUUGGGAUCCAAGGGAGAGGCGCCAUCCUGGCGUGGUGCCAACUUUCGGGAAGCCCUGCGGCAAGCGGUGGCACCCAAACGAGGACUUUCAGUGAGAUGGCCUGCGGGCGUGCCACAAGCCAUCGCUAACCUGGAGGUGGUCACAGCGCCUGAUCAAGCUCUCUUUGGCUCUCGCGUAGAGACCAGUUGCGGCCCCUACUCUUCGAAGGUCCUUCAUUCGCAGCCCAAGAAGACAGCUGCAACUUCCUCAUAUCCCGCCAGGAAGGAGACGCGUGAAGUGGCACCAAUACUUCGAGUCGGACAAGAACUGCAACAGUGGCAGAAUCAGCAGAUGCAGCUCUGGCAGUCUCAGCAGCAGCAGCUGCCCCAGUGGAAAUGGCAAGUGCAGCAGUUGCAAGUGCGAGAACCACGUCCUCAAUCUGCCGAGCGAGGUUUGCGACCUCGUGAUUUGCGGCAACUGGAUGGUGGCGUGCCAUCAGACAAGGUGGAGCAGUCUCUUCUCAAGCUCCAGAAGAUCCAGCAGCUUGAUCGGCUGAGACGGCAGCGGUGACAACGGUAACAACGGUGACAACGGUGACAACCGACACACAACAGGCCAGAGGUCUGAAGUCGUAGCAUCUUGUGCUUAGCACAAUUUUCUCGUAGAAUGUCUAGUCAGAGUCUAGUGGCUUACGAUGUCCAAGACAAUCGUUGAGCUUCAGCACGGAGGAUUUCAAAAGACGGCAGCUGCCGGAAAA